UGCCCUAAAUGCACCGGUGAAACUGUCUCCUUAUUCACAGCCACUGCAACUGCGGCGUGUACCUUGGCGAGAGCCGGCAGCGGCGGCGGAAUUUUCCUCCGUCGAGCUCUUAUCGCUGCGGCAUUUUCCUCGGAGAACGGUGGAUGCUGCGGCUUCCUCUCCGUCAGCGAACGGUACAACACCCGGUAUCUCUCUCUUACUCCUCCUCCUCCUCCUCCUUCGCCGUCGCACAAUCCCUUCUCCUCCCUCCUCCUCCCUCUUCCCCCUUUCGUCGCAGCUCUCCCGCUUCCCUGACACCAUCCUCCUUCUCCCUUCUCCACCCUCCUCUCUCUUUCACCCGUUCAUCGCAGCCCCUCGCCCCUCUUCCCCGAUCCCUUCCCCUCCUCCACUUCAUCACAGUCCCCGCCCCCUGUUUUCCUACUCCGAUCCCAACGGUCCCCUCUCCGUUUUCCUACUCCGGACCCGACAGCCCCCUCUCCAUUAUCUUGCUCCGGCCCCGACAGCCCCCAUCUCCCUCCUCUACACCCCUCUUCGCCCUCUCUAUACAUCUUCCCCUCCCCUUUCCUACUCCCUGAUAGUUACCCGCUACCCUCCCAACAAGCAGUCAGCAGCAUGUCAUGAGCAUUUACUUUAAAGAAAUAGCUAGUCACAGUAUGCAAGUUAAAUAUUGUUGCUAAGAUAGACAGCAGGAGAAGUGCUGCUUUUAUAAAGAGCAAAGGGAAUUGGGGAGUCUUAGAGAAAAAGAAAAAAACACAGAAAAGAUAGAGCAAGAGAUAGCAGAGACAAUAAUUGGGUCACUGUCCAAAGAAAAUCAUAAUUAUUUGUCAAUAGAAUUAUGCACAAGUCUGAAUAUUCCUCAUGUGAAGCAUUUUAAUUAAAAAUAUACCUAAGAUAAUACUAAUCUGACUAGGUUUCCCAAAAGAAGCUCUCUCAACAGCAACUGCUUAUUUUGAUGAAGUGUUUGGUUCAUCAAACUUCUUAGUUUUCAUAUUAUGUUUACUGCAUGGCAGUUUCCUUUUCAAGCACAUCAGAAAAUUUCAACACAAAACCCCAAAUGACAAAAAGGACUCGACUCAAUCUAAACUACAAGUUGAGUAAACAACUAGAAUUUGACUUGAUUUCCAAACCCGAAAAUAGACCCAAAAUCUCAAUGUAUUUGGUCAGGUAUAACCUUACACCUUUAUGUCAGCAUAAUGUGUUCUCUGCUGUAGUGCUGAAAGCAACUAUCUCUGCUACUUGAGGCCAGUUUGUACCUCAAAACACACGGGCCUGCUUAUAUUUGAAUUGUCAAAUCUUGUAUUUGCUGGUUUAGUUGGUGAUUUGAAGGGGCCUUUUCCAGUAACAACAGAAAGAGAUUUGAAUGCUCUUUCUUUAACUACAGAUAUUUUCUUACACAGAGUUCAAUGGUGCAGAAGAUCCAUAUGGCUGAUCAUGAAUAGUUUGGACAUCAUGGCUUUUGUUAUUAUUGUGGUUGUUUUCACUUGCUGGUUUUAUUGGCAAAUUCUCACUGAUCUAGGUUUUUUUUUCUUCAUUAAUGAUAUGUAGCUGAUGCUACAUAUAAUUUUUUUUACUGUAGUUGAAGUUAUUUACAUGAGGAAUCUUUCUCAUAAAUUAAGUUCCUUUAUCAGCAUAGAACCAAAAAAACUAGUAGCAUUUCUUGAUUGAGGCAGUUUUCUUAUCUCUUUAUUCAUUUUUCAGAAAAUUUAUUGCCUUUCUCUGGUCUUCCAGCUAUGUUUUUUUUUUUUGUCAACUUUCUCAUCAUCAUCAACAAUGCCCUUUUUAGCAUGUUGAACCUCACAAAUUACCCUUGUUAAUUAAUUAAACAGUGUCUUUUCUGCUUACCAGUCUUGCUAGACUUUUAACUAGAUCAUCUCUUUACAUUCUUGAUGAAAUGGAUCAAUUACUCCCCAAUGUUUCAGAUUUUAGUUGUAGGACAUUAGUGAAUCUGAUGUUAGAGAAAACAUUAUGCAUCUUCCUGUUAUUCUAAAUUCUGUAGUACCAUUUGCAAGUCAUUGAUGUUCAACCUACAAGUAUAAACAUGAGUAUCGUCUGUCUACGAUCAACAUGGGAUAUAGGAUGCUUGGUAGUGUCUAAACCAACCAACUACAAUGGAAAAAUAAGUGGAAUAUUGUGUCUGUGCGCUGGUGUUGUAUGAUGCCAUUAUUUCAGAAGUCGAGAAUUGCUUGGAUGUGAGCAUGAUAAUAAGUAACUAAUCAUAGGUACUCUUUAUCAACUCUCAAACACCAUUUAGAGACUUAUCUAUGAAAGAAAUGGUUGAUUGGAACUGAAUGCAUGUGGAUUAACACGAGUGGUAUUGGAAUGUUGUCUGAGACAGAUGAUUAGUUGAAAGUUUUCAACAUCCUUGAUUUGAGGCAGAAGAGGAAUUUGGACUUGGAGAGGGCAGAAAUAAGAUUACUUUUCUUGUAUUUUUCUGCAAACAGUACGUGAUACUGCCUCAAAAGACAAUGUUUUUGGUGCAGAAGAGGCUCUUUUGCCUUCUCUCGUGUAACAAGUCCACCGUCCAUGUUUCCUACUAUCAACUCUGCAGUCUGUUUAGCUUUUCCACUGCCGAAGAGCACAGUUCAAAUCAUGGAUCCAACUUUACGUUGGUCGACCCCCUUGAGUCAUGUGAACUUUCCUCAAAAGAGGCUGCAAAAAGGGCCAAGGAUCGCAUCUGUGAAAAAGAACUUUCAUGUUCAAGUCCUUCCAUUGAGUUCUUCAAGCAGAGCGGUUGGAGUGAUCCACUAGUCAUGAAGCUUUUGCAGAGGAAACCCAGGCUUCUACGUGCUAACGUAGAGACUAUCCUGAAGCCCAGGAUGAGAUCUUUGCAGGACAUGGGAUUUUCUGACACUGAAAUAGUUCAGCUGGUUUCAUCAUGUCCGGUUCUGCUCUAUUCACGUGAUAUCCAACCAAGGAUCAACUUCUGGAGGUCACUUCUUGGUUCUAAUGAGAGGUUAAUUGAAGCCAGCAGGAGUAACAUGUUUCUCCUUUCUUCUAGCUUGGCUCGAAUGAUUGAGCCCAAUAUAUAUCUCUUGAGGGAAUGUGGCAUCAGUGAGCAAUGCAUCUCGCGGAUGUUGGUGACACUACCGAGGUUUUUUUGUCGAAGGAACAAAUGUAUCAAUGAAUCUAUCAAACAUGUUGAGGAGUUGGGUGUGUCACGUGACUGUAAAAUGUUCCCUCAGGCACUUUUAACAGUCAUGUCCCUGAGCAGGUCCAGGUUUGAUGCUACCUUUGCAACCCUGAGGAGCUUUGGGUGGUCCCAACCAGACAGCCUUGCUGCAUUCAGGAGGCAUCCAGGCAUUUGGAAUUUCUCAAAGAAGAACUUAUCUGACAAGAUGACAUUCCUUAUGGAGGAAGCUGGUUGUGAGCUGACAUAUGUCGUUUGCCGUCCCGUGCUUCUUACUUUAAGCUUGGAGAAGAGGUUGAGACCUCGAUAUGAAGUUAUGAAAUUUCUUAAUCAGAAUAAAUUGCUGGAUAAAGGAUAUAACCUGCUAUCUGUCAUGCUGCUUUCUGAGGAGAAGUUCAGAAACAAAUUCCUUUUCCUGCUACGCAAGGAGAAAUUUAUUGCUCAAUAUGAUUCCUAUGUUGUUGCUGUGCAGGGAAAGCACUACGUUGUUGCUGAAAACUAGGAUCUCGAGUGCUUCCUUAAGACAAAGUGUCAACCUAUUGCAUGCUGACUGCAAAUUAAUCAUUUUACAUUUGUGACAAUUUAAAUUCUGAAAGAGUUUCUUGGAGUAA